AUCACAGGAAUGCUGCACAGUGCUUGCAAGGAGAGGAGGAUUCCAUGCUUGAGUGUGUGAGGAUACAGCACCACUGUGGUGACACUGGAGAUCAAACCUUGAGAAGUUAAAUACUGCAGUCUUGGUGGAGCUUUCCUUAGGAGAAAAUGCAUUGCAAAGGACUUGACAUUGUUUCCCCAGAGAUCUGUGGAGGCUGCACUAGUCAGAGUGAAAAUCUGUGAUCUCAGCAGCUGUAGGCAGGAUUGCCAGUACCUGGUUUCACAUCUGAGUUUGUGCCCUGUUCCUACUGGGAAUUACAGUCCUUUUCCUCAGCAACAUGAAGGUUUAAGUUCUCUGCAAGAAUUUCCAAGUCACUUUUUCUGCUCAUAUGACCUGAGAUGAAACUUGCCUGUUUUCUGCCCACACAACCAUUCAUGGGGGAAAAGAAAACAACAGAAUGACACCAUCCUUGAUUGCUGCAGCAGCUGGGAGUGCUCUGCCCUCCGUGCAGCAUAUCCAGGGUGCAGCUUUCUGGUAGACAGGUUUCAGGAAACUGAGUCACUGGGAUUAAGAGCAGAGGCAUUGUUCCCUUAUCCAGUAAGAGCUCUCAAUUUUCACAAGUUCAGUGUUGAAGUUGGCCGUGCCUGCUGUGUCAAGUCCUGUGUAUUGCUGAGGUGAAUUUUCACCAGGAGUCACCUUACUGAUGUGGAAAUGCUGAAACUCCCUUGGAUUGGUGAUUGGUUCCUUGUCUUUUGCUGCUAAACCCGGGAGCAAACUUCUGGUUUGAAUUUUUAUUGUUCUCAGUUCAUAGCACAAAAAGCUACAGAGGUCUUUGUCUUUCAUGCAUUUCAUGGAGUGGUUUCAGUUAGGGACAAACAUUUAAGCAUUGCCUGUUGUGACAAGACAAAGUAAUGGUUCUAAACUAAAAGAGGGCCCAUUUAGACUGGAUGAAGAUUAUUUUUACAAUGAGGGUGGGGAGGCCCUGGCACAGUUACCCAGAGAAGCUGUGGGUGCCCCAUCCCUGAAGUGCUGAAGGCCAAGUUGGAUGAGGCUCUGAACAACUUGGAAUAGUGGGAGGUGUCCCUGCCCAUGGCAGGGGGGCUGCACCCAGACAGCCUUUAAAGGUCCCUCCCAACCCAGCCUGUUCCAUGAUUCUGAGUUGGAAAGAACCUCUGUGCAUUCCUUUACUCAUUGAGCUGCUCAGAGCAGGGCCAGCUUCAAAUAUUUACCUUAGUCAGAAUCUCCUGUGGUGCAGCCUGUCAUCCCUGUGUCCUUUCACUGCUGGGCUCUGAGGAGGGUCUGGCUCCAUCUCUGACACCUCUUUGUCUCUGCUGGGACACUGGAGGUGCAGCACAGGAGAAAACCUUUCUCAGACCUCUGGGAAUUUGCUUUCAUCACAGCAAUCAUUGCUGCUCCUUCCUACCCUUGGUUUCUUCUCCUAACCAGGUAUUUUUCUCUCAGCUUUUUCUCUUGUCCCAUGACAUUUUAAUAGUCUUUAAUGAUGUUUAAGAGCUCUAAAAUUCCAAGAUAGGAUUUUCCCUAUGGAGCCUCAUUCCGUCUUUCCCAAUUCAUCAUCUCUUGCUCUGACUACUUACUAAUUCUCUUCUUCCUAAUACUUUGUUCUAAUCUGUCUAGUACAGAGCUGAUGUUUUACUGUGCUGCAUCUCCCAGCACCCACCCUUUUACAGACAGAUAAAACUGUCACCCCUUUCUGGUUUUCUUCUUAAAUGACAAGUUACACAGCAUAGACUUGGUCACGUUAUAUUUAAGCUUCUUUAGGGCUCACAAAUGAAUCCCAGUGGGUUCUAAGGUUUAUUCACUGUCUCAAAUUGUUCUAAAGUCUCCCCUGUUGACAUUUUAAUUAGAUAUCAUCUCUCAGACCCAUCCCAAGAGAAGGUCUCAUGUGAGCUCCUCUGUGGCAACUGCUGAUAAUGAUGAUUAAUUUGGUUUUUCCAACUGGCCCUAUUUUCCACUGAGAUGUUUGGCACUGAUCAUGUGUCAUCCCCACUGAUCAUCUGGCAGCUCUCUGCUUCUGAUAUUUUUGAUGAGGUUUUUUGUUUUUAUUUGCUUUUAUGUCUUUAGCAAAUUGUUCUCUUUUUCUUUUUUUUUUUUUUUUUGCCUACUUUAUGUGGAUUCUACAUUUCAUUUAUUAGAGUUCAGGCUUUUAUCAUUUUUCUUGUUUUGACACGUAAGUUCUUUUUAAAGGCUGUCUUUUUGAUUUCUAACAGCUUUUUCCCAGAACAGCAAGAGUUGUGCAGUGUCUGAUCUCUGCAAAGUGAACUAAAACUUUCCAGUUUGAGAGAGGUUCUUUGCUGGUGACUUAUCUAGCCAACAUAAUUAAGAGCUGUCAGGCAAUUCUUAAUUGAAAGUUCAAGCCUGUGUCAUUUUGUCCGGAAUUGGUGCAGAGCUGAGCUGUCUGUGAUUAUUUCACUCAUCAUGUCUUGCACUAACCCUGCUGUUCUGCUCUCUGGCAUCUUGAGCCUUCCAAGAUUUGGUAAAACUGAACAUAAGGCUGAAGAUCUCUUUAAUCUUAUGCCCAAGUUCCCAGGACUUCCUGAUUUUCUACAUUUAUCCCUCUGGAGCACAGAAGGAUGAUCAGAAGUGAUCAGAUUACCCCAGGCUGAGGCUUUGCUGUGCCUCUGUGUGUGGCAGCUCUGCUGAGGCUGCAGCAGAGAGCUCCAGGCACAGGGUUUCUCCUCAGAUGGAAUCUCAGUUUGCCCAACUCCCUCACCUGGAAGCUGAGAGCAGGUAAUGUUAUCUCUACCUCAUCAGAUUUCAUCUGCUGCCACUGAAGUGAACUUUGGAAGAGGUUUCAGAAGGACAGGCUUGCAGAUCCCAGCUCUGCUUGCAAGUUCACAAAAUCAGCAAAGCAGUUUUCUCAUCCCAGACCUGGUGGAUUCUGUAUUUCUCCCAGUUAUGCACCAUAAGCUGAAUUCAGAGCUGUGCUAGCAGUCCUGAGAAUGGAAAAGACAAUCAGUGAGAAAUGUUCAAAACUCUGAAAAAAUCAGGUUGUACAUAAUUAACUGAGUCUAAAGCCAGUGUUAAUUAAUGCAUAGAAUUCUCCAUAGGUGCAGCAUCCAGGCAACUCCAUUCAGUGGCAAGAUGAGGAUUUUGUGACAUCCUUUACUGUUGUACUGUGGCUCUGCAAUCAAUUCCCCAGGCUUAGAGGACUCAGAGUGUGCUCAUGCAGUAGAAAACAUUUAUUUUGGAAUGGACUAAUGAACAGAGAUUAAAUGAGUGGUUUUUUCCUUCUUAAGAGAAUACAAACUUUUAUUUUCUGCAGUGGAUAAACUGUGCCUGUUGGUAUGACUGUGUGGUUAUAAUUCUUCUUGCUCAGGUACAUGAGAUGUCACAUCCAGAUAAAUCCCACCUGUCACUUUCAAAACUCUCUCUGUAAGGUUUGGAGUAAGUUAUCUCCAGUAUAAAAAGUUCUCAGUGGAAUUUCAGUAAGCUGCCCUUGGAGUCACCAGUUGUUCCCAACACUCAGCAGCUGAGGAGCCCCAGCAGGGCUCAGUCUGAGCUUGCUGGGUGCCUUCAGCCCCUGAAAUAUGGAGCAUCAGCAAAGCCAGGCUCCCAGAGAGCUCAGCAUGCCCUGAGCAGAGUGACCCACUGACCAGGGCAUGGAGAGAGCACAGCAAAAGCAGCAGAAAACCUGAAAUCCAGUUUGUGUAGCAGCCCUGCCUUGUGCUGUGUGUGAGCUCAGGUGGAGGCUGCUCACCUCAGAGUCCUUCCCAUGCUGUGGCUCUCCAAGGGUGGCAAGAAAUGAGCUGGGCUUGGCAGUUCUGGAUCUGUGCAAAGAAAUUGUUGUAUUUUCAUUGUUUGCAGAUGGGCCAUGCCUGGAAGUCUGAGUUGGAAUCUCCCAUCAAGUCAGAGAGCAGUGAUUUCCAGUCCCUUCCUGACUGGGAUUCAGGCUUGGAUCUGGAUGUGAUGAGCUGGAGAAAUACUGAAGAGGAGGCCAUGGGGAGGCUGGAGGGGAGCAGCCAAGAGGCAGAUCCUGAGAUGGAGCUGAGUGAGCCCCUCUGGAAGGAUGACAGUGAAGAUAACCACGAGGCAGAGGAGCCAUGUGAAAACAACAGUCUUCUCCAGUUCCUCUUGGAGGUAACCCAGAUGUUGGAAUCUUGCUGCAUUGGCAGCACAGAGUCACCAGAGACUCCGUGGGAUUACUGUGCCUCUGGGGGGAAGGAGAGUGAUGGGGAGGAAGAGAGAUGCCAGGAACAGACCUCAGGAGCAGAGGAAAGUCAGCUGGACAUCCUGGCAAAAGAUGAGGAAGAACUCUUCCUGGAAAGAGAGGGAGAGACUGAAGACUCAUCUGGAGAACCCCCUUCAGAUGAGCUGCAUUCACCUGAGAUGAGUGCUCAGGCCCUGGAUCAAGAUGGCAGUGACAGCAGCUCUGCAGCCUCAGUGCUGGACUCCACAGGCUCUCCCAACGUGCACCUGCUGCAGCCAAGUUGGAAUAACCCCCUCCAGCACCUGAUCCUCAAAAAAAAGCUCCUGUCCAUCUGGAGGAUGAUAGCCAGCCACAGGUUCAGCAGCCCGUUCCUGAAGCCAGUGUCAGAGAAACAAGCCCCUGGAUACAGGGAUGUGGUAAAGAGGCCCAUGGAUUUAAGCAGCAUAAAGAGGAGGCUCUCAAAGGGACACAUUCAGUCCGUGAUGCAGUUCCAGUGUGACCUGAUGCUCAUGUUCCAGAACGCUGUGAUGUACAACAGCUCCGACCAUCACGUGUUCCACGUGGCUGUGGAGAUGCAGCGAGAGGUCUUGGAGCAGCUGCAAGUCUUGGCUGAAGCCCUCCUGUUGUCCAGGGACAGGCUGGAGUGAGGCAGAAGGUAACCAGCCCUGCCUGAAGCCUCUCUAGUUGGAGCAGCGAUGUCUCCGUGGCUCAGGGCAUCUCCUGGGCUCAGGGGAUGUGCUGCCAUGGCCUCAGGCAGACCUCAUUAUCCCCAGUGCUGGCUGCUGGAGUGAUGGGUUGAUUCAGAGCAGUUUUUGGGAGGGUACCCUGUUGGAAGCCUCCAUUCUUUUUGGGAAAAGCAGCAAUGUAGCCCUGCAGGGAGAAGAGUUCCCUGGGAUGAAAAGCAAGGGAGAGAAUUCUGUGUGUGGCCAGGUGGAUGAGGCGGGCACAGCCCGUGAGGGUGGCUGGCUGCACAUCGGGCACUGCAGCGUUCCCAGGUUCAGGUUGGUCUGAUGUUGUGUUGGGUCGGGUGGGUCCGGCGUUACCGGCACUGACCACACCCAAUAAAGGCCCGUGUUGAA